CCUGGGCUAUAUUUUUUGUUUUGUUCUUGUCAGGUAUGCAAGGAUGAUGUGGCGUGUUUGCAGGGUUUAAUUAGCAUGGAAUGGUGGUGGUCAAUGGUGAAAGGUCACCAAAACCACACACCACUUUCUAGUCAAUUGUCUCAAUCUAAACCCUAACAAAUCCUUCAAAUCCAACUACCCCAUUUGGCAAAAAUCAGCCUUUAUAAACUCUCACACAAUCACGUAGAGCCAAGCAUCAAAACAUUCGAUCCCAUGGCACGCCAGCUUCACUUGAAACAAAUACCGCUAAGCUCAUCAGGACUUGGCCUGCCUGCAGUUACCCUUCUCUUGUGUGCAUUUGCCUUGUUUAUGUGCGCUUCUCAUUCUCGUAAAUGGCGUCGUUGGAGUGCUUGUUAUGGGCCCAGUGACCACGAUCCUGUUAUACAACUCAACACUGAAGAUACGAUGUUGGGCAUAGAACAUGGCAUCCAUGCAGGCAGUCUUGAUGACAGCAUGUUCAGUGGUGAACAGGUAGUUUCAGUCUGGAGGAAGAACAUACUCAUGGGCGGGAAGUGUCAACUGCCUGAUUUUUCAGGCGUCAUCAUUUAUGACUCAGAUGGAAACGUUGUCACCCCUGCCAAAAAUCCUCGCCCACUCCUCACCUGGAAGUGAAAAAAAUUGUAGGCCUUGAAAACUGGGCAUUGAUAUUUGAAUUGUCCAAAGUGUUUGUAAUUUUACACAAUUGCUUCAAUCAAUAUGUCCGCAGAAAGUUUUCUAUAAAUAAGAAAGUAAAUUACGGUUUA